UAAAUUAUUAUUUUGAGGGUUAAGAUAUUUGAGUAAUUAAUGGUGGCGAAUUCGCCUUCUGACGUUGUUAAGACAAGUCACUGUGUUUGCGAUUUUAAACGAAGUACUGUGGACAAGGGAUAUUAUGAGGAUAAUUUUAUUAAAUAUUUCUCUUCUCCUUCUGACCAGUCACCGUCACUUCACAUGUGGUUUUACAUGCGUGUCACGGCUCUGAGAACUUUGUUAUCAGUUUUCGUCGAGUCGUUUCCCCAAGAAGUUCAAUUUGUUAAUCUUGGCGCUGGUCUCGAUACGCUGUCAUUCUAUCUACUCAGUAAAUACAAGAAUGUUGUCUGUUUUGAUUUGGAUUUUAAAGAUCAUUUAUUAUAUAAAACUGAACUCUUAACCAAGUCUAACGGGUUCGAAUUUUUAAAUUACCAAGUCGUUGACGGACUCGUCAAAUCCAACAAAUACACAAUGGUGGCGAUGGAUUUUGAGGAUUUGGAAUCGGUGUAUAAACUUGAAAAAUUCGGACUUUCAAGACAUCUUCCAACUGUAUUCUUAUCAGAAUUUUGUCUUACAUACGUACAAAAUGAUACUUCUGACCAAGUAAUAAAGUUUUUGAGCUCCUUUUCCUCCAAACCCUCGGCUUACAUUUUUCUCGAUUACAUUGGGAGCUGGACUGCCUUUGGUCAAUGGUACUCCAAACUCUUUGAGAACUUUGGAGCUGAAUUUAAAUCAUUUAAAAAGUUUGAUACAAUAGAAAAACAUACUCAAAGAUAUAAAGAAUUGGGCUGGGAUCAUGUCAUGGUCAACCCAAUGAGCUUCACAUACAACGAACUCAUCACCGAACAAGAACGAUCAAGACUCAAGGACCUGAGUAAAUUUGAUAAUUUCGAUUACUUUGCUGUGUUACCGAAUCACACAGUGAUUGGUGCUGCUGUAACGCAGAAGGAACAAUUGUCUAGGCUGAUAGAAUUAUAUGACAUGACAAAUUAUGUCACAAAGGAGACAUCGACACUAAUUCCAUAUGACGUGGGAUUUAGAAAAGAUGGUUUAGACGUUGACUAUUUCAAAAAAAUGCUACACCCAUUUGUCUAA